AUGAAGGAGGCCGAUCUGGAAGAACAGUAUGCCCGCUUUCCGAAGAUCAAGCGAUCGGAGGUGCAAAAGUUUGUCGAAUGGAUUCAUGUCCAGCCGCACAUCUCGAAGCAAUUCUCGGAGGGCGAAGCCCUGCAUUUCUUUCACGCCUGCCGCUACAGCAUGGAGGUGGCCAAACAAGUGCUGGAUAUCAAUCUCACGGCCCGCACCCACCUAGAUGAGUUCUUUGUGAACCUCGACAGCGAGCGACCGGAGCUACGGCGGGCCAUGAAAACAAUUUCUAUUGUUCCGCUGCCUGGAGCUACUCCCGAAGGCUAUCGUGUGAUUGUCGCCAAACUCGAAGACCUCAAUGCAUCGAAUUAUAACUUUGCGGAUGCCAUGAAACUAUAUUGCAUGAUAUUCGACUUUUGGAUGUACGAAGAUGGAAUACAGCCCGGCCAUGUGAUUGUAAUCGAUCUGAAGGGCUGUGCCCUGGGGCACUUGGCCCGCAUUGGACUUCUACAAAUGAAGAAAUUCCUCUUCUACCUGCAGGAAGCGGCUGCCAUACGACUGAUUGGUUUCCACUUUGUUAACAUUGUGCCUUUUAUGGACAAGAUUAUGGCUCUUAUGAAUCCGUUUAUGAAGAAGGAGUUGACAAGCGUUCUCCAUAUGCACAAUGACAUCAAUGACUUCUAUAAAUUUGUACCGCGCGAAAUGCUGCCAAAGGACUACGGCGGACCGGGGGAGGAGACCAGUCUGGCCAAGGAGAUCUAUUACAAGAAACUGUUGAACAAUCGCAAAGAGAUGCUCGAGUUUGAGACGCGCCAUCAGGUUAAUGAGAAACUGAGGCCCGGGAAAGCCAAGACCGUCUCCGAUCUCUUUGGCAUCGAGGGAAACUUCAAGAAGUUGGACAUUGAUUAAAAAUUUGUGGCAUUACUAUUACUGUUAAGAGGCAGAAUUAAUUGUUUACAGGUGUUUGAUAGUACUAAUAAAAUAUUCGUUAAUUGUUUA